ACAAGUACCUGCAGUAUUGAAACAGUAUUAGCUUGCCCAAGCUUCUUCUUCAAAUAGUGACGUCAAUGGAUCUAUUCUCUCUUUCAUUAUUACUCCUUAUUAUCAUACUUUCUGUAAUCUCCCUUUACCUCUACUACUACCAGUAUCAGCUCAAUGUACCACAACUGAGCCACCAAAUAGGUUUCAAGAACUAUCCACUACUAGGAGCCAUUCCGGGAUUCUUGAGGAACCGACACAAGUUCCUUCAAUGGACCACCGAAAUGCUCCGCUAUAGCCCCACCAAUACUGCCGUCUUCUUCCGUCCGCACAACUUCUAUGGCGUUAUAACCGCGAACCCCUUGAACGUGGAGCACAUGCUUAAGACCAACUUUGAGAACUACCCGAAAGGAGACCAAUUCAUUUCCCUCCUUGAUGACUUCCUUGGCCGGGGAAUCUUUAACUCCGACGGCGAGCUCUGGCAUGUCCAGCGUAAAACGGCGAGCUACGAGUUCAACACGAAAUCCCUCAGGAAUUUCAUUUUACAAAACGUCGUCGUUGAGAUCAAGACGAGGCUCGUUCCUGUUCUUGAAAAGGCCUCCGAGUUGGGUCAGGUUUUGGACAUUCAAGACGUUUUGGAGCGGUUUGCUUUCGAUAACGUGUGCAAGUUGGCUUUCAACGUAGACAUGGGUUGUUUGGGCAGCGUGGGAGAAGGAGCAGUCAUUGGAACGCAUUUUAUGGCAGCUUUCCAGGAAGCUGCUACGCUAAGCUGCGAUAGAUUCUUCUAUGUUUUCCCACCUUUGUUGAAGAUCAAGAAGUUUCUCAGCAUUGGAUCAGAACGAAGAUUAAAAACAGCAGUCUUCGCUGUCCAUAAGUUUGCAGACAAUAUCAUACGCUCAAGACUAGAAUCUAAAAAGGAGGAAAUAGGCGAAGAGGAUUUACUGUCUCGAUUUAUAGAGAACGACGAUAAUUCGCCUGAGUAUUUACGAGACAUAGUUAUUAGCUUCAUUCUAGCGGGACGAGAUACGACCUCGUCGGCCUUGACUUGGUUCUUUUGGCUCAUAUCAACCAGACCAGGCAUCCAAGAAAAAAUCCUGAACGAGCUCGAAGCGAUUCGAGUUCGAACCGGGAAAAGAAUUGGCGAUACAUAUGGAAUUGACGAGCUCAAAGAUAUGAAUUAUUUACAAGCUGGAAUAUAUGAGUCCAUGAGACUAUUCCCACCCGUACCAAUCGACACAAAGGCCAGUGUAAACGAAGAAAUUUUCCCAGAUGGGACAUUUGUAGGGAUAGGUUGGAUGGUGAUUUGUCAAACGUAUGCAAUGGGAAGGAUGGAGAGCAUUUGGGGUAAGGAUUGUGAAGAGUUUAAGCCUGAGAGGUGGCUUGAAAACGGUGUGUUUAAGCAAGAGAGUCCGUUUCGGUAUCCGGUGUUUCAUGCAGGUCCCAGAAUUUGUCUCGGAAAGGAAAUGGCCAUUAUUCAGAUGAAGUCUAUUGCUGCGUCGGUGAUUGAGAGGUUCGAGUUUGAUGCAGUGUGUAAGGACACAUGUCCGAAUUUUGUUAUGGCCCUUACUCUAAGGAUGAAAGGUGGAUUGCCCGUCACCAUGAGGGUUAGGAAAACCACUCUGCCUAAUUGACAAUGAUUAUCAAGUACCAAAACAAAAGAUAAUAAAAUUAGGUUGUGAUAAUAAUUAUAUGACCAAUAUAUUAAUGUAAUUGUAAUGGUCGUAAUUAAGAAAUCAAGUAUUUGUGUACCGAAGUUAGUUGUAAUUCGACGCGGAAUUAGAAUUAAUAUGUUUCAUAAUGUAUGGUUGGUUUGCUUUCUAAAUCUGAUCAAUGUGUGUGUUUCUCUUUUAUAUUA